AGUGUUUUAUGGAUCCAAAAAUUGUAAACACAGAAGAAAUACCAGAUCCUAAACCAGAUGUAUAUACUAUGCCUGCCAAUAAUUAUGAUCUUGAAUUCCCAUUUUCACCUUAUUUUAUGAAGAGAAUUAAUUCAUUUAAACAGUUAUUUGAAGAUGAAAUAAAUCAGCAUAAGGAAAAUGAGGAAAAUAUUGAUGAACAAACUGGUGAACUUUAUCAACAUUUCUUUAAUGAUUAUACAAAAAAAUUUUCAACUGCUGUUAUAAAUUCUAUACCAUCAUUCAAAAAAUCACCAUUAAAUUUAUUUCCAGACCUGUACUUUAAUGAUUUUUCUGCAGUAGCUUCAUCUGCUGGUAACAGAAAUCCAAAAGUCUUGUCAUUCUUACUUCAAAGAUUUAUAGGAAAAGAAAAUGUUUUAGAUCCAGUAUUCUUACAUGCAUAUUGGUGGAGAAAUUCAAAUACU